CCGACACGAGCUGUUCAGGAUAGCCCACAGCACCUCCGCUGGAGCUUUGCUCACAGCCGCAGCCACGGCGGUGACGGCGCCUCUCCUGCUCCGACGUGGACAAGAAUGAUACGUCGGCUCUCCACACCUCCCAACAGCAAACGAUGGGCUACCGGCUCCUCUCGGACACAGGAACCUGAACUUCCCUAUUAUGGCCCUUAAGGGACGGGACGUGAUCCUUGCUGGGCUCGCAAGUUUCAUCGCCUGGGGCUACGCAACCCACUGGUUCCCGACCCUCCGAUUCGCCGGCUAUGCCUUCAUCGCCGGCCUUCUGCUCGCCCUCCUGGCCGUCCUCGCCCUGGUCCUGCUCUCCUCCAGGGGCCCCCACUACGCCGACCGCCGCCGCUCCGCGCGGCCCCACGGCGUCGCCUUCGUCGCCCCCGCCGCCUGGUCCGCCGAGCUCGCCGCCCUCGAUGCCCGCCAGUCGUACAAACCCCCGCCGCUCGUCCCCGAUGCGCCCAAGGUGUCGCAGGCGCUCGAGCAGCUAGUCCACCUCAUCGUGCGCGACUUUGUCCAGUCGUGGUACGGCAGCAUCAGCAAGAACCCCGCCUUUACGAACGAGGUCGACCGCGCCAUCGGCGGUGCCCUCGUCAACGUCUGCGACCGGCUGCGCCAUGUCGACUUGGCCGAGAUCCUGACCGGCCGCCUGGUGCCUGUCCUGACCGCCCACGUCCGGAGCUUCUACGAUGCCGAGAGGUCCGUCAGGGGCAGGAAGCUCAACCGCUCCGUCACCGAGUCCGAGGAGCUCGACCUGGCCAUCGCCUCCAAGUACAACGACGGGAGGCUGCACCCGGCAGCGAGCCUGUCGCACACAGACACGAGAGUGGCGCAGCAGGAGUACCUCCGUGGUGUUGUCUCCAGAAUCUUGCCCAAGGUCUUGCCCGACAACAUGCUCAGGAGCCGUGCGGUCUCGGUCCUAAUCAGGGAGAUAGUCGCCUGUGCCGUUCUCUCCUCGGUCAUGGGUAUGCUAGCCGACCCGGACACCUGGAACCAGGUCAUGGAGAACUACGGCCGGAGCAUGCUGCAGGACCGGUCGACCGUGAGGAAGCUGCGCGCCGCCCUAGACCAGCAUGCGCAACCGGCCCCGAAGACGGGGAAGCCACCGGCCUUUCCCAGGCUCGCCCCUGGCGACAGCGAGCGUCGGUUCGAGAAGUUUGUUCGGUCAGUGAAGAAGGUCAACAACCUCUCGGACGCCCGGAGAUUCAGAAGCGAGGUGGCGAGCCAGCUCAAGAGGGAAUCUCAAAGAGAGGGACAGGAUCAGGUCUACCUCCGCCGCCUCGACAUGGGCAAGAGGCUUCUUGACCAGCGGGUGCAUCAACUAGCUGCAGGUGGUGACCGGCGUGCCGCACAGCCGCCAGUUAUGGCACAGGCACCAAGCUUUUCUAGACUGGAGAACGCACCGCUCGAGGAGCUACUUCGGGACGCCUCCGGGCUGUCCUACUUCAUGGAAUACAUGGACCGGCAACGCCUACUGCCGUUGGUCCAGUUCUGGAUUGUCGUGGACGGGUUUCGGAACCCGCUGGAGGACGACGGCCCAGAGACCGAGCAACUUCCGCUGGCAUUACCGCCAUGGAGCGAUUCGGACAGGCUCGACCUGGCCCAGAUAUACCAGGCAUACCUCUCCAUGCCAGUCCUCAAGGUCCCCAGCUCGGCCAAGAGGCUUGUGCAAGAGUUUCUCAGUGCUGGGAAGGCCGCCACACCCGCACAGUACUACAGGGCUCGCCGUGCCAUUUUACGCGCACAGACUGCAGUCCUCGACGAGAUGAAGCUCAAUCACUUCCAAAAUUUCAAAAAGUCCGACUUGUUUUACAAGUGUCUCGCAGCCGAAGAGGCCUCCAGUGCGGCGGCUAGUGUCACUACCGACAACGGACCGCACCCACCGGUGGCUCCGCCUAUUAUGAGCAGAGCAUCGCAAUCCUUCACGACCGCUCCUAAAACUAAUCACAUCUCGCGUCUGGCUACCCGUCUUCAGCCUGGUCCGCGCCAUACCCGUAGGGCUGGCUCCGUGGCGGAUAUCAGAUCCAUGCAUGGAAACGGCAAUAGCGCCGACCCUCUACUCAUCCCUCGACGGUCUCUAGACGAAGACGCAUCUCCAAAUCCCUUAUUUGACGACGAGGACGUGGACAAUGAUGCAUUGGCAGACUCUGUCCAAAGCUUAGAUCAGGACCUCACCCAACCCACCCCCGAUACCCAUGUGGUGAAGGCGGUCGAGGAUGCGCUCAACACAAUCAUGGAGGACAGUCAAGUGCCAACAGCCGAAGAUCUCCGGGAAUCGCUGUUUUCAGCAGAUGAUGAGGGCUCGAGCCUUUUCUCCCCCGACACGGAAUGCAACCGCGGCUCGAAGCGGGGCUCGCUUGACGUGGCGCGUCCAGGCCAACCCCAGAAAGAGCCAGAGAAGCCGAGUUUGGCUUCCCUAGGUCUCGUGAGCGCGUCAUCCAGGAUUGGCGUCUUUGAGGACAACGAUCUAUUUGCCGACGAGGACAAGUAUCUCCCUGACGAACGCGAUGAUCUGGACGAGGACAAGGACGACGACGACGACGAAGAUCAAGUACAUGAGGCUGCCCCCGGAGAUCUGGGUCUUGCCGAAGCCAUCACUGUCUUGACCAACGAUAUAGACCGGCUGGUUUCCCAAAAUGCCAUCGUCGAAUCUCUGCUGCGUAAGGCGGAACUCACAAAUAAUACAGCAGAGCUGAGGAUUCUUCGGAAAUCCAGGGCCAGCCUGCAGCGGGAAAUACGCAGGAAAGAACUGCAGAGACAGCAGUAUGUAAUCCAGGAGAGCGAUAACAGCCUAUACGGCCGCUCGACGAUCAGCAUCAAGUCCAUACAGGUCGGCAGAGAUGACGACGGCAAGGAGUUUGCGCUCUAUGUCAUUGAGGUCUCACGGGACGCUGGAGAAAAGAUGCCGGCAGCCACCUGGCCUGUCACACGGCGGUACAGUGAGUUCUUGGAGCUGCAUCAAAAGCUUCGUUCCCGGUACCCGUCAGUUCGCAACCUCGAUUUCCCGCGUCGCCGGAUGGUCAUGAAACUCCAAAACGACUUUCUCCAGAAACGCAGGGAAGCGCUGGAGAAAUAUCUCCGGGAGCUGCUGCUCCUGCCCGAGGCGUGUCGCAGCCGGGAUCUCAGAGCAUUCCUCUCACAGAGCGCGAUAACCCAAGGACAAGAUCUCGUGGACCGGGAGGACAAGAAGGAUAUGAUCACACGAUUGUACGACUCGGUAGCGGACGGAAUGGAGGACAUCCUGGGCAGUAUCCCUGUGCUCGACCAACUUUCACUCGCAGGCCAGAACCUCAUCGCAGCAGCAACCAGCCAGCUCAACGCGAUGCCACUAGACACCAGCGGUGAUGGUGCCAUAUCUGCAGCAGAGGCCGAGGCAGAAUUGAACGCCUUCGAGAACAAAGAGCUCGAGCCGUUUGUGAAGCCGAUUUGCGACGUAUUUCUUGAGGUGUUCGAGCUCAACAGGGGUAAUAAUUGGUUGCGUGGCCGGGCAGUGGUCGUUGUCCUCCACCAGCUGCUCGGGGGCACGAUCGAGCGGAAGCUCCGGGACAACGUCAAGCUCCUGACGCAGGAGGACGCCAUCCUACGCUACGUGGGCCUGUUGCGCGACAACAUGUGGCCCGGGGGCGAGCUGCAGAGGAACAAGCAGCCCCGCACUCCGGCGCAAAAGUCGAGGACCAGAACAGAGGCCAGCGUCAUGCUGGCCACGCUCGUUCCCGACCUUGCCGGAAGCGUGGUGGGCCGACUGAACGCGCAGGCGGCAAGCCGGCGCAUCUUUGCAACGCUGAACAACCAGCGGCUAAACACACACUUGGCCUUUACCGUUCUCGACGAGCUGAUCGACGUCUUGUUUGCCGAGAACUAAACCGAGCAGGCACGGAAGUUUGGAAUCGGUGACUGCCGCAUAGCAUGGGCGUUGUUGUUUAUUUUUAUUGCGUGUUUUUGCAUUUGUCCUGACUUUGCUUUUUUCACGCACCAUUCUGGCCCGGUUGGGCCGUUACUAUUACCAACGGACAUGUCAUCUCGCAUUACUCUUGGGAUUAUGGGGCGCAAGGCUCUAACGGUGGCUUGAUUCCAUGCAUGCAUCAGAGGCGUUGGAGGUUUGCUGUUCAGCUCCUUGGUAUUCGGUAGGUUGCACUGUGUAGGUACCAUAUUGGAGAACCAAGAUCAGUCUUGUCAUCCAAACUGCAAACUGCGUGCUUGUUUGUCCCUGUCGAUCAAUAUUCGCAUCCCGCCGUGUUAGUC